CCGCCAACGACCAGUCCCCGCCGGAUCACCGACGGCUGGGGCAUCCCGUCCCCCAUCGACGCCGUCUUCUCCAGGUGCAACUGCGAUGGGAAAACUUUCUUCAUCAAGGGUCCCCUAUACUGGCGUUUCACUAACAGUGUUAUGGAUAAAGGCUAUCCCAAACCCCUUGCAAAUGGAUUUGCAGGGCUAAGUGGGAAAAUAGUAGCAACCCUCCCCGUGGCAAGAUACAACAACAGACCAGAAUCUGUUUAUUUUAUCAAAAGAGAUGGCAACAUGCAACAGUAUGUGUACAGACAAGAACCUGCCAAGAAGUGUCAAAGACGAACCCAGGUUACUGUAAGAUACCCAGCUUAUGUCCAAAAACUUGUAAUAAGGAGACGCUUUCAACGUGCAGUAAGAAUGCCAACUGUUAUUCAGACUGUCAGAAUCAACCCAUAUCCAUCUGGAGUUUUGCGUAAGGAAAUCAAAAUGACUGCCUACUGGAAAGGGCUCCCGAAAGUUAUUCACUCAACUAUAUCACUACCCAACUACAAUAAGCCAGAUGGCUAUGAUUAUUAUGCCUUCUCUUACAAUCGGUACUACAGUCUGGAUGUUGGCAAAAGAAUAGCAAGACCCGUUACCGCUCUCACAGGAAAGACUGUAUCCAAAGACUGGUACAACUGUCCUAGCAAGUGA